CAUAAUUCAUGUGGGCUGUUUUAAAUCUAGAUCCCUUCAUUUUCCACGUGUCACCUUCUUAAAAAUAGAAACUUCAAAUUAUAGUUACGAAAUUUGCGACUACUUUUAAUCCGCGCGCCACCCCACCCCACCCCACCCCAUACCCAAAAAAGCACUUUCUCUAUCUUCAUUGUUGUUCGUCUCUCUCUUCAGUUAUUUGUCACUCUCCGACACGAGAAUUGCGGAAAAUCGAAAACGGGCGAUCAAUCUACCAUUUUCAAGAUCUAGAAUCUUCGUCUUCUCUGAAUUCUCUCGCUUGUUUAGGAUUAACAGUAAUUAGUAGCGAGUGAACAGUUACGGCUCGGAAAUUCGGACUCAGCUGAUCGACUUCGGUGGCUUCACAGUUUCACAGGGAGUAUGAACUGAGGGGAGAGUCAAACACUAAGAUACAAGUUAACAAAAAAAAAAUCUGAAAAACCAUGGAAGCAGCUGGAGAACCACAAUCAAAUGACAUAGGCUCAAAUGCAAUAGAUGAGUCAAUUUCUUCGAGUGAGCUAGCCACCAGACUAAGUAUGGAAGCAGAAGCUGUUACAAAUGGAGAAACAGACCUUGAAAGUCUAAACCAACCCCUCUUAAAGAGAAACAGAACUCUCUCUGCUAGCCACUUAGCUAUGGUUGGAGCAAAGGUUUCCCAUAUCGAGAGCCUUGAUUAUGAAAUCAAUGAAAAUGAUCUGUUCAAGCAGGACUGGAGAAGUCGGUCUAAAGUUCAAGUAUUACAAUACGUCUUUUUGAAAUGGAAACUUGCAUUUCUGGUGGGACUGUUGACUGGUCUUAUUGCAACCCUCAUAAAUCUUGCAGUUGAGAAUAUUGCUGGAUAUAAAUUGCUUCUAGUGUCUGACUAUGUUCAGGAAGAGAGGUAUAUGAUGGGGUUGAUUGUCUUGACAGGGGCCAACUUCUUAUUGACUCUGAGUGCUACCGUGCUAGUUGUUUUCUUUGCUCCUACUGCUGCCGGGCCUGGUAUACCUGAAAUCAAAGCUUACCUAAAUGGUAUUGAUACCCCCAACAUGUACGGAGCAUCAACCUUAUUUGUCAAGAUUAUUGGGAGUAUUGGUGCAGUCUCUGCUGGAUUAGACCUCGGUAAAGAAGGGCCCUUAGUGCACAUUGGAUCAUGUAUUGCAUCCUUACUUGGCCAGGGUGGAACAGAUAAGCAUCGUGUCAAAUGGAGGUGGUAUCGUAUCAUGAACAAUGACAGGGAUCGGAGAGACCUAAUCACCUGUGGUGCUUCUUCAGGAGUUUGUGCUGCUUUUAGGUCCCCAGUAGGAGGGGUUCUGUUUGCUCUGGAAGAAGUCGCUACAUGGUGGAGGAGUGCUAUCCUUUGGAGAACUUUCUUUAGCACUGCAGUUGUGGUUGUAGUUCUCAGGGCUUUCAUUGAAUUCUGCAGUUCUGGAAAAUGUGGCCUUUUUGGCAAUGGAGGACUGAUCAUGUUUGAUGUGAGUAAUGUUACUGUUCAUUACAACAUGAUGGAUAUCUUAGGAGUUGCCCUCAUAGGACUUAUUGGUGGUGUUCUUGGAAGCCUUUACAACUAUGCUCUGCACAAAGUUCUCAGACUUUACAGUCUCAUUAACGAGAGGGGGAAGUUAGCAAAGAUCCUUUUAAGUCUUACAGUCUCAAUUUUUACCUCUGUCUGCUUGUAUGGCUUGCCGUUCCUUGUGGGUUGCACAAAAUGUGAUCCAUCUAUAUCAAAAUUUGAGUGUUCCACAACUGGAAGGACAGGGAACUACAAGAGAUUCAACUGCCCGAAAGGCUAUUACAAUGACCUAGCCAGCUUACUCUUUUCUACCAACGAUGAUGCUGUUCGAAACAUCUUCUCUACAAAUACUCCAGGAGAGUUUCACUCAGUCUCUCUUGUGAUCUACUUUGUAUUAUAUUGUAUCCUAGGACUCUUUACCUUUGGCAUUGCUGUACCUUCUGGACUCUUCUUGCCUAUCAUUCUCAUAGGUUCAGCAUAUGGGCGUUUGCUGGGCAUUGCUAUGGGAAGUUACACUAAGAUUGAUCGGGGGCUUUAUGCAGUUCUAGGUGCAGCAUCACUCAUGGCUGGCUCAAUGAGGAUGACUGUCUCACUUUGUGUAAUUUUCCUUGAACUAACUAACAACCUAUUGUUACUCCCCGUAACAAUGCUUGUGCUACUCAUUGCAAAAUCAGUUGGAGAUUGCUUUAACCCGAGUAUCUAUGAGAUUAUAUUAGAGCUUAAAGGCUUACCUUUCUUAGAUGCAAACCCGGAACCAUGGAUGAGAAAUAUUAGUGUUGCAGAGCUUGCUGAUGUGAAGCCUCCAUUAAUUAGUCUUCGAGGAUUGGAGAAGGUAUCUCGCAUUGUAGAUAUCUUGAGAAAUACUACACAUAAUGGUUUCCCUGUCAUAGAUGAUGAUGUAACAGUCCCGUCAAGUGAAGGGACAAAGGCAAGGGAGUUACAUGGUCUAAUAUUAAGAGCUCACCUUGUAGCUGUGCUUAAGAAAAAGUGGUUUUUAAACCAACCAAGAAAAACAGAAGAAUGGGAAGUGAGACAGAGAUUUUCAUGGGUGGAGUUGGCAGAAAGAGACCUGGACUUUGAACAAGUAGCCAUAUCAAAGAAUGAAAUGGAAAUGUAUGUUGAUUUACAUCCUUUCACAAACAAAACUCCUUAUACCGUGGUAGAGGACAUGUCGGUAGCAAAGGCAAUGGUAUUGUUCAGACAGGUUGCACUUCGCCAUUUGCUCAUUGUACCAAAAUACCAAGGAGCUGGGAUAUAUCCUGUCAUUGGAAUCUUAACGAGGCAAGAUUUGAGGGCACAUAAUAUUCAGACUGUGUUCCCUCAUAUAGCAAAGACUAAAGGCAGAGAAAAGCAGAAAUGACUUCUUCCUUAUACACUUGAAUAGGCAAAGAUUGUCUCCCCGAAUCAAUAGAUUUAGACUGCAUUCUUUACACUUUUUGCAUUUUACAUUCUUAUUCUUAUUCUUAUUCUUAUUCUUCAUAUUCUGUUUCAAAUUUUGCAUUCUUUAUUUCAUAUCAUAUGUACAUUUUAAGGAGAAGUCAUGAGAAAAGUUCGUGUAGACUUGCCUGAAUAUUGCAUAUUCACUAGGUGUAAAAGUAUAAAACUACAGAGUAUAAAAGAAACACGUUUACUGUAAAAACUAAAAA